GGUACAAAAUGUUGAUUUUGACCGCUAUCGCCUAUUUACUGACUGGUUCAGUAUUACUAUGCCAAGGCCAAGACGUGCGUCCGAUCAUCAGCUCACCGUCUGGAGAAAUACAGGGCACAACCGAGUCUUGCGGGAUAUUCUGCACGUACUACUCGUUCAAGGGCAUCCCAUACGCUGUGACACCGGUUGGAAAUCUGCGUUUCCGGAAUCCGGUUCCGCAUCCCGGCUGGAGUGGAGUUCGCGAUGGCAGUCAACAUAGGUCAAUUUGUGUACAGCUUGAAACUUUCACGCUCAGCGUAACUGGCGAUGAGGACUGUUUGUAUUUGAAUGUCUACAGCCAGCAAUUGGUCGGCAGCCGGCCAGUUAUGGUGUACUUUCACGGAGGUGCAUUCAGCGCAGGUUCCGGACAUAGUGAUGUAGCCGAUCCGAAGAAGUUAGUCCAAGAGGAUGUCGUAGUUGUUACUGUAAACUAUCGAUUGGGUGUCCUAGGAUUCCUGAGCACCGGUGAUCAACACGCUCAAGGCAAUUGGGGAUUGAAGGAUUGUGUAGAAGCCUUACGUUGGGUUCAAAGAAAUAUUGCUGCGUUCGGCGGAAACCCCAAUGAUGUGACCAUUUUCGGCAACUCUGCAGGUGGAUCUCUGGUGCAUUUUCUUUACUUAUCAGCGCUUGCAGAUGGUCUGUUCCAUAAGACGAUAGCCAUUAGUGGAGUUGCUUUGGCAACCUAUGCUUUCCAAACUAAUCCUAAGUUUUAUGCCGAUCGAUUGGCCCAGGCCUUUGGAUUUUCUAGUGACAGUGCCGUUUAUGUCAAUCAACUAAGAACCGUUCCAGCUGGCGAUUUUAUAGCAUUCCAAGAACUUUUGUUCACUAUACCAAUUCCACGAUUCUUGAGACCACUGGACUUUGCACCUGUGCUGGAACCCGUGAAUUCCCCAGAACCAAGAGCUCUCACGGCCACUCCGCUUCAGUUGAUGAAUACUCGACCUAAUCGUGGUCCAUUGAUGUUUGGUUUCAACGAUAUGGAAGGUUCCAUGUUUACGGUGUUAGAAUUGCUCGUAGACUCAACGGUUUGGGAUCGGUUUAACGCGGAGCCUCAUUUGUUGGUUCCAUUCUUCUGGAAUAUACCGCAAGGUACCUCUGCUGCUGCUUCAGUCAUUGACUCUUUCAGACAAGGUUAUUUCAAUGGCCAACCGUUGGGACCAGCCGUAGACAUCGAGUGGGCCCAAUAUUACGGUGAUCAUAUAUUUUCGUUUCCGAUCGAUGAAACCGUAAGAAUCCAUGCAGGCCGAGCCCUAGGAAGUCCUGUGUACUUUUAUCAACUCGCGUACGAUGGUGAUUUAAAUUUGGUUAAAAAAUCGUUCGGAAUUACCCAUCCCGGUGCGAUUCAUGCUGACGAGCUGCCUUACAUAUUCGAUCAAACCGAACUGUUUAACGCGGACAUUUCACCCAAUAGCCAUGCCCUGAUUGUCAGUCAACGAGUUGUACGCUUGUUGGCCAACUUUGCGAAAUAUGGAAAUCCAACUCCAUCAGCAGAUCCUUUAUUGCAGAAUACCAUUUGGCCGAACGUGGCAAGCGGUUCCGGAAACACACCGAUCAUGAACAUAGGUGAAAACCUUGUGGUUAGCGAUGCGUCAGCUGUAACUCGCGUUGGUUUGUGGAGAGACCUUCAAACAAGAUACGCUAGCAAUCCAUUCGCUUAGCUCUAAAAAAAGCAGAUUUAAAACGAAAAUUCAAACAAAGU